AUGGCGGAUGACAACAGGCCAUUCAAGUGUGACCUCUACCCCCAAUGUGUAGCGACAUUCUCGUAUGCACAUCAGAAAGCACGGCAUAUGAGGAAAGGACAGCACAAGAAUAGGGUGGAAGAGGCAGCAUCUGAAGGAUUACGUGAUGAUUCUAGCCAGGGGGGAGCAGUGGAAAGGUUAAGAGCAGCUGCAAACCGUCUUCUUUCACGAGGCACCAAGCGCACACGCCUUGAAACGCAGCCAGGGCCGAGCCGCUUUGAUGAGCAGCCUGACACGGCUGAGUUGAACGAGGACACCACAGGCUACGAGUUCGCCCCAGAGUGUGAUGCUACAUCGGUUGACAUUGAUGCUCGGGCGUACCGUUUCAUUCGCACGGCAGCUGGAGGAUCCGGCCUUUCACGCGUAGAUAUUAUGGAGUUGAUAUCCAUCCUCGUCGAGGUUCUGCGCAACCCAGGCCGGCUAACGCUCAAGUCUCUAGCAGACUUCGACAAGUACGAGGAGGCGAAGUUGGCAGGGGCCAACAUUGAACCGUUUGAGCAGGUGGAACUCACAAAGCCGGGAGAUCUGAAGCCCGUGAUCCUGUGGCGGCGUUCGGCGCUCACGUGUGUCACCAGCUUGUACGAGAACGCGGCGAAUGCGCAUGGUUUCGUUGUGCGCCCUCCCAAGAACUUCAAUCCGGCGAAACGGAUUUACAAGGGUCCUGAGACGGGGAGUUGGUGGCGGGAGGUACUCCGUAAACUGCCAGCUACUGAUCUAGGCAAGGCAGUCGCUGCAGUGAUCAUCUACUCGGACGAAACAACUCUCACGACUAAUAGCGGACUCAAGGGUUGGCCCGUGUACAUCUCGUUAGCCAACAUUGCGCCAGGGAAUCGAUGGAAACCCCAUGGGCAUCGAUUAUUCGCUCUCCUACCCGAUGAUGACGGGAGCUUCUUCACGCACGCGGACAAGGAGCGGCGGCACCUUGAAGUAUUCCAGGAGGCCUUGGAUCUUAUCAUGGCGGAUUUGAAUAUUGCCCAGAACACUGGCGUGGAGCUGACAGAUCCAUACGGCAUUCGUCGUAUGGUCUUUCCGCUCACGUACGCUUACAUUGGCGACUAUCCGGAGCAGUGCAAAGUGGCGGGCACCAAGUCCGGCAUCAAGACCCGUUUUCCAUGCCCCAGGUGCACCGUUCCAAAGGAAGAGCUGAACAACAUGGCGUUCCCGCUGGUGUAUCGAACGGAAGCGUUACAAAAGGAGCGAGUCAUGGAGAUGGAACGCGAGACGAGGGUUACAGCACGCAACGACUUGACAAAGCGUUACAGUACACACUUCGUUAAGAGUGCUAUAUGGGGACAACGCUUUGGCGACGAGGAUUUCGGCAACCCGUACCGACAACUCACGUCCGACAUCAUGCACAUGUCUCUCCUCGGCGUAUACAAGCACAUCCUGGAGGGUCUCAAGUCGAAGCUGAAUGACUCCACCCUGCGGGAGCUCGAUGCUUCUCUCGAGCGGAUCACCAAGCACAGCAGGCAGUCUUUCUUUCGGAUUCCUGCACACACAGCUGGCUAUUUCAGCGGCCACAACACCUUCAAGGCCUUCCACCAUCAAGCGGUGAUGCAGGUGCUGCCAGUGCUCCUGGUGAUGGCGAAGGUUGACGCACGGAUUGUGGCAUCUGUGGAGCACUUCUGCACGUGGCACAGGGAGGCAUGGCAUCGCACGUACCACACCGACGCCUCCUUGGCGAACCUUGACAACAUGGCGAGCACGUGA